UUGUAAUUUGUUAGUUUUAUGCGCUCUCUUGUUCUUGUUCUCCUUCUCCCCAACUCCUCUCCUUUUUACUCUUCAGUAUUUGGUUGAGUUUAACGAAGGAGGGUCUCCCCCAAAAUGCUUGCUCGACUCGCGUCCCAGCGCCUUCUCGAGAUCCGUCAAGCUUUCCGUCAAUCUGCUCAGGCGUGUCGAUCCUUCUCCACUGCCUUGAACUAUCACAUUGAUAGCCCAGAUAACAGUCCCGACCUUCCAUGGGAAUUUUCCGAGGCAAAUAAAGAAACGGUCAAGGAGAUAUUGUCUCAUUAUCCAUCCAACUACAAGCAAUCUGCAGUUAUUCCUUUGUUAGAUCUUGCUCAGCAGCAGCAUGGAGGGUGGCUUCCUGUUUCUGCCAUGAAUGCAGUGGCAAAGGUUAUAGAAGUUGCUCCUAUUCGUGUGUAUGAGGUUGCAACAUUUUAUUCAAUGUUCAACCGGUCAAAGGUUGGCAAGUACCAUCUAUUGGUUUGUGGCACAACACCUUGUAUGAUACGUGGUUCACGAGAAAUUGAAGAAGCCUUAUUGAAACACUUGGGGGUUAAGCGCAAUGAGGUAACAAAGGAUGGUUUAUUCUCAGUUGGAGAAAUGGAAUGUAUGGGAUGUUGUGUAAAUGCUCCCAUGAUCACGGUUGCUGAUUACUCUAAUGGAUCUGAAGGAUAUACUUAUAAUUACUAUGAAGAUGUUACUCCACAACGAGUUGUUGAGAUAGUUGAGAUGUUAAGAAGGGGAGAGAAGCCACCGCCUGGCACUCAAAAUCCUAAGCGUAUAAAGAGUGGACCAGAAGGAGGAAAUACCACUUUGCUAAGUGAUCCAAAACCUCCCCCAUGCCGAGAUCUUGAUGCCUGCUAAAGUUAACGUGCCAAUGCUGCCUCCAAUAAUGCAAAAGCUUGGAUGUUGCCAGGCUUCUCUGGGGUGUAUGUUCUUGUUGAAUUAAUUUGUCAAGCUCAACCUGCCAUUUUUUGUAUUUUCUCUACCAAUAUGACAUCAGUUGAAUUUUCCAUGCAAUUUCAACUUGUUAUAAAUUAUGAGAUGAUUGAUGUCAGUGUUUUGGAUAAAAAUCUUGGAGGAUGGAAGCAGGCCAUAAUUGUGGCAUUGGAA